AUGCCCAGUGUAGGUGGAUCUCCUUCACACUACAGAGCUGACAGCGAACUCAGCGAUGGAUUUUCGGCGCCCAUGGACCCAGCUAGGAUACAAAUAUUCAAAUCCACGCCAACGAAAGGCAGCAGUUUAGACCCGAAAUCCACACCUUCGCCAACCAUGCCGACCAAAGUCCAUUCUGAAGCUAAUAGACUGAUGCGACUGCUAAAGUCGAAGACCGUGAAAAGCGAACCGUUACCAAAUGACUUUGGUGCAUCUGUUGACCUAUCACCAGCAAACAAAGCGUCCAAUGAGCUUGUCAUGAAAACUCUCAGUCAAGAGCAGCAUCCUGAUACGAGUUCUGGCAAAAGUUUCCACGGAAAGGUGUCACAAUGGAUCUCCCACACGUUGUCUGCAUCCAAUUCGCCAAUUCCAAUGCGCAAUUUAGUCAAGACAUCCGAAGUACACAGCUCUUCGAGUCAAUCAUUGACGAAAGCUACAUUGAUGCCAUCAAGCAAAAUAGAGCAAGGUGCAGAACCAGCUUUAGCAACUGAACCAGCUCCAGUUGCAGAACCAGCUUUAGUAGCAGAACCAACGCAGCCAGCUCUAGCAACAGAACCAACAGAAACAGCUCUAGCAACAAAACCAGCUUUAGCAACAGAAUCGAUGGAACCUGCUCUAGCAACUAAAUCAGUUCUAGCAACAGAACCAGUAGAACCGACUCUAGCAACAAAAGCAGCUCUGGAAACAAAAGCAGCUCUGGCAACAAGACCGGGAAGAUCAGAAGAAUCAGCUCAAGCUACAGAGCCAGUUCAAGCUACAAAACGAGUUCCAGUGCCAAUACCAGUUCAAGAAGCAGCGCUAGUACCCGGCCAAGGAUCAGUACCAGAACCAGGCCAAUCUGCCAAUCCAGCCCGAGCCGCUGCAUUACCAUCUGAAAAACCUACGCAAUCUGUCGAAGCAGUACAAGCGUCAGUUUUUGGAACACCAACUACAGGAGCACAGAAUCAAUCUUCACAAUACUCAACAUCACUAAGGACAGGUUCAGCUCUUGCAAGACCGCUAACGCAAGAGGGCUCACCACCUAUGUCAAGAACAGAGGUUGCAUCUUCAAGCGGGGACGCGACAUCAGUUUCCCAGAGCUUUUCGCCGAGUUAUCUUCCACGGGAGUCACCAAAUGGUCAGAGAUAUAGAUCGGUAGUAUCUUCAAAUCCGCUGAAGCAUGUCCCAAGCUCAUCAGCACAGUCAAAUGAUACAGCAUCAGCUGAAGGCCCCACGAGUUCCCAGAAAAUUCUGGCGCAAUCUCAUGAGUUGGGUGAUCAGGCUUUAUUGAGACUGAAGGCCUCAAAUUAUGACGCCUCUCGGGACAAAAAUAAAUCUACUCUCCAUCAGACUCCAUUCGAGAGUCCAGAGCUAAGCUCGCACAAUGAUAAACAGGCCAUAAAAGACUCGCAACGAAUUACGAGCAAAAGGAAAGAGCCAGAUUCAGUUAUGCCGAAGGCCGUAAAAGAGGCUGUUUAUACGGAGGAUGCCAGAAGAAAGAAACUAUCAACGUGGCCCGAGGCCAGAUCAGCGAAGCUGGAUCCGCAAACUCCUGAUAAAGACUCGAUUUCUACUAAUACAGAGUACAGAUUCCCUUUAGGUCUAAAAAAUUCGUCCUCUCUGCGACCUACACACGCCGAACUUUCUUCUAGUGUUAUAUGCGCCAAAGAUUCUCAAUUAAAAUCUACACCCUCGCAAACAUCCAACCCAAUCCAAGGUGGCACAAAUGAUGGAAGAACAUCACAUCCAAUUCCAGGUCUUGUCGUUCAAUCAAUGCCUCUGCGUCAGUCCGCGCUUUUUCAGUCAUCAUCACCACGUACUGAUGGCGAAAGAGCUACCUUGAAAAGCGUUCAGAAAAAAAAGAAAGCUUCUCAAAGUAUCAGCCAUAAAAUAAUAUCCUCAACGCAAAUAGCCGUAAGCAUAUCCAAGGCACCUCAAUUACGAAAUGGCGGUCAAGUUUCUACUGAGAAAGACGACGCCACCGGAAUUGAGGGUCAAUUUGCCGAUAAGAAUAUCGGUGACGCAAGUUCAAAAUCUCAAGCGAAGCCAGCUCCAAAGAUAGCGGCGAUCGCAGUGGAAACGGGAAAAGUGGAUUAUGGAAGAUCGCAAGAUAAUUCUUCAAAACCAUCUGGAAAAAGGCCCAGUGAAAAUGCUUUGGAGGACAAUAUUACGCCGAAAAGACCCACGCAGGUACCUGUUGGAAGCACUAAUAACAUCGACAAACCUACAAUACCAAUUGCUAAAUCUUCCGAUCAAAAGAUCAUACACUCUGAGACCUUAGUUUCACCUCCCUCUCAAUCGACUUUUGCCAAAACAAGCGAUCAUGACCCUCGCCCGGAAGCCUCAAGUAACGCUCCUUCGACUACUUCAUCGUCAAGCUCCAAAGGUAAACGAGGAGGUACAAAGACUCAAAAAGUUACAGGCGGUCUUAGAGUUAAGCUCAGAUCCCUUGGCGACCAAAAUCCCAUGAGCAUUGGAUUUACUGAGAAUAUGUUAAUCCUUCCGGAGGUGGUUAUUGGCUGUGGAGAUACUAUGAAAGCUGGAUCUAAAAGAAUUAAGAGGCCUUCAGUUGAAGAUCCGAACAAGGAGUCAAACGUAGAAGGAGCUCCUUUGUUAAGGACAGGAUCCGAUCACGAGAUCGAUGAUCUCUCGGCUGGGAUUUCUGACGCUUCAUCGGACUCUUUCGACGUAGACAAAGAGCUUUUCUCCAGAAACAAAGAGAUAUCAGGUAAAGUUCGUGGGGAUACCAAAACUGUGAAGGGGAUAGAUACAGCCUCUUCAAAUGGAGAUGGAAAGCUGAUGAAUCAUCCAGCUAAAGACCAAGCGGCCAGUGCAAACUCCUCAUCAAAGAAUGCAAGUUCCCUGAGUGUACCCGACGAUGCUUCGCCGACUGAAGAAAAAUCCGCUCAAUCAUCAACGAAGCUCCAUCCUGAUCCUGAGACCGAUCGCAAGAAAUAUGAACGCAUCGUGGCGCGUUAUCUCAAUAACAAGAUAUCAAAAUACAAUCGCUUGGAUGAAUAUCUUUUGAAGGGUUUGAUACAGGCUGGCAUUGUAAAACAUAAACCCCUAAAAGAGGGACCUUUGGUCACCAGCAGCAAUGAUAUAUGCAAUAUCAACAACUAUGAAACAAGCCCAGUUCUCUACCUCCAGCAUAUUUCAAAAAGAAGCAGAAUCGAACCCGUUCAACUCAGUAAACUUCAGCUUCCGAUAAUGCGUAGUCAAGAGGGUCACUUAGAUUGCGAAACAAGAAAGGAGCUGAUGAGAAAAUUGAAGGUAUCUAAAUUUUUGAUCGACAUGCGUGGCCUCGAGAACCUAGCUGCUCAAGAGAAAGCUUUAGUCCGCGAGCGCGUUGCUCACUUGAAAAGUUCUUUUUCAAAACUACAGAUUGAGCUUUGCGACACAAUGUCAUCGGAAAUUAAUGUCAUAGUGACACUUGGCCUUUCGAGUGAGGAUGAUUCUCAGAAAUUUGAGGCCUCUGAAACACUUGAAGCAUUUGGGACCCAGAUCUGGAGUUACGCAUACGCAAUAAAGUUUUUUGAGCUUCUACUAUACGAAGAGACUUUAUUCAUUCAGGACGAAGAUGAGUCUGGACGUGCGACUCCAACUCUACCAUUAGGACAGCAGGACUCAGCUUUUGUAGCUGGUGGAAACGAAAGCUCAAUAGCUGGACCACAGGAGUCUAACAACGGCAACCACGUGAUACCGAGCAAGGUUCUCGAUAUCAGCUUGCUGGAGCAUUCUCUAAAAGCUGACAAGGCAAAAGGCGAUCAAGCAGCCAGGCGCUUAAAAAAGUUGGUGGAAAAGCUCUACCGCGAGCUGAAAGGAGAAAGGUUGGAGGACGCCAUCCUCGAGAUCACAAAAUGUGCCGAAACCUUAUUUGAAGAAAGAGCUCUUGACAAAAUGAAUGUUGAGAUUUCAAAUAUGAAGGACCGUGAGCUCCAUCUUUUGACAAAAGAAGUAAUGGAAAAUCAGGUCAAGUUUUCCUCCCUGCACGGCCAGAUUUCUUGCAAAAGCAAAGAAAUCGAACAGCUGAAUCAGGAAUUGCAAGAAGAACGAUUGAAAGGUGAAAACUGGCGAUUUGUUUUCCGCUCUUUGAUAGAUAAAACUGAAGAUGAACUGUUUACCGCGAAUCCUGAUCGUCAAAUAACUACGGAACUGCCCUCUGAAGCAAAACAUGGAUUGAAAUUGGUUAAAAAAGGGCUUCCGCUGUUGACUGCUGACCAAGUUCUGGACAAGAAAAUUGUCGAAAACAUCCACUUAAUAAAAGACGCUCUUCACAAAAGACGCGAUAUGCCAGCCGGCUCGAACUCACUACAAUCUAGUGCACCAUUUGCAAAGCCUAAGGCCACCAUCACUCACGCAAGCAUUGACCUGAGUAAAAAUACAGAAACACCUGGAAAUACUGAAAUUGGAAAAGGCAGCACCGAAGUGUCAUAUAAAGAAAGCUCUUCUCAAAACUAUGCCUUGCUGAAAGAGGAGCUUAGAAAAAGCUCUGAGAAGCUGGAGGAGAAUUUUGCAGCACAAGAGGAACUAAAAAGACUUGUUGCCACUUUGGAGGCUAAUCGAAAAUUUUUAGACCAAUCUUUAAUGUCCAAGACGUUGCUGUUGAGAGAGGAGCAAGUCCAACACAGAAAACAUUUCGCCCAAUAUGUUGCAGUCGUUGAAGAUCAGCGACAAAUAAUCAUGAAAAUGGAGAAUGAUCUGAAAAUCGAGGUGUCAAAGAGGGAGUCUCUGAGUUCGAGAGUGAGAGCAUUAGUUAGUAAUUUGGCUUCAGAAGACGUACGGUGA